UAUUGUUUUAAGAAAGAACCACCGGGAAGCAUCCAAGAAUGACGUCUUUGGAAUUUAAAACUAAUCUCAAAUCGAAAUCCCGCGGGAAUCCGGAUACUUUUAAUCAAUGGCAGAUGAGUGGAGGUGAAUACAGACUGUCGUUCUCUGACGCCGCAGACACCAGAUUCAGCGCGUGGACUCCUAUUACAAACAAAGCGUGUAACCAUCAGCUUUUUCAGGAAAGGACAACACUUAUCCUACACUGGUUUGACCUCUGGACAGACCGUCAAAGAAAAGAGUUUAUUCUUCAACUGCUGAGAAGAUGCUCCAAAACCCAGCUCAAGUUCACCAGUGAUUGUUUAACAGAAACGGUUCCCGUCACACGACUGGAUUUUACAACUGUGCUGCCCCGCUUCCUCUCUCUGUACAUUAUGGCUUUUCUCAGUCCCAGAGACAUCUGUGCCGCAGCACAGGUGAGCUGGCACUGGCGGUUUCUGGCAGAGCAGGACUGUCUUUGGUCUCCGAAGUGCAUUCGCCUGGGCUGGUUUCUUCCCUACAGUCCAUCAGAUCAUGAAUAUGGUGCCUGGAAAAGACAUUAUGUGGCCUGUGCCGCCACUUUGGAUAUUUUGACACCGCGGGCAGCAGCAGAUGUCUAUGGUACUUUAAAUAAGAGUGUAACUGCAGCAGAGGAGCAGGAGGAGAGAUGGAGAGAGCUUAUGAUUAAACAAACUAUCAGAGAGAAGAUAGCCGAGCAUAAAAAGGCUUUUCUGAAGACCAGGAGGGCGUGGUUAAACACCAGUAAAUUGGGCACAUCACUUACUGGAACCCUUAACAGUCAACCACUGAGUCUUUCUGCUGCUCUUGUUAAUAUAGGGGACAAGUGUCGAUUGAAAAAUUUAGCUUUUAAUGUAGAAAAAAGACAAUCUUGGGAUGGUUUGAUGAUGAGCAGAGCUCCUGACACCAGAUACGCCACCAGUUUAGUGAGAUCUCCAACUAUGAGUUUACCAUUCAAUAGACCAGUCAGGUCCGCCUGUCCUCUUCCUCACUUCCUGCUUGUGUCAUCCAAAGUUCCAGGAUAUGAACUGCUUCUGGCUGCAGUACAAGUGUCUGUGAUAGUUUUACCAUAUGACUCACAAGGAAUGACUUUGGAGGCUUUGCUGUCUCUGUCUGAAAAAGCUAUCCAGGGCAACAUGCUACAAAGUGUUGGCAUUGUGGCAGAAGGAAGCGCAGAUGGGUUUAUGCUUACUGAAGGACUGAGUAUAAGUGAGAAUACAGUGUUGAAGCCAUGUGUGAGAGAGUUUUGGGAGAAGCUCUGCGGCUGGGUUGUUCCUGGCUCUGAUGGAGGGAGUCUGAACAUCUUUGCUCCCCUGGCAGCUUCUGUUGCAGGUACAGAUCUGAUGAAGAAGUUGUCCUCUAUGACUGGUUUAAAUGUCAGGGCCCCUACUGGGAUCUGUACCGGCUCCUACCAACACAUUCUUAGUGAGUGGUCUGGGUCUGGUGACGUUCCUCCAUUGAUAUAUCUUCAUGAAGCUGGUCUUCUGAGCUGGUGCAGACAGGCUGAAUGGAUAGAGGAGGCUUGUAAAGGACUUCGGAAACAACUUGGGCCACAGCUUCACUUUCUGUGUCAAAAGAUUAGGAGCCGUAUCCUGGGUGUGUUCCUCUGGGAUCAUAUUAAGAUGCCUGUCAUCUCUCUUAAGUCUGAGAUCAUGGAGUGUUUGAUUCAGGGACUGGUGGCAUUAGUGAAUGAAUCCCCUGAUAAUUCCUUAGAGUUUUUGGGAAGCUUCCUACUAAAGAAAUCAGUCAAGGAUGGUCUGAAGGAUACAGAGCCACUGUUUCUUACAGAAAGCACUUCAUCUAACGUCAUUAGCCCCAUCCCUGGGUUUCCAAAGGGGUUAAUAAGUGAUGCAGACAGGCGAGGUGGCGUGUGCGGGGAGCUUUUAAAUAGUGAGAGAGCGUACGUGAGGCAGCUUCAAGCAGUGUCCACGGUUUAUUACACUCCUCUCAGAGCCGCCCUGGACUCCAACCGAGCCAUUAUCAGCUCUGUCAGUCUCAUCACGAUCUUCUGCCCCCUGCUGGACAUUUUGGAGGCAAACAAUCUUUUUCUGACAGAACUUCAGGAGAGAUUGCAGGAAUGGAGUCCACUGCAGUGCGUGGGUGAUGUUUGUGUCAAAUUCUGCACCAAGUUACGAGCCUACACAAACUUUUUCAACAACUACCCAACCAUUCUGAAAACUAUAGACAAGUGCAGAGAGACUCUUCCUGUAUUUCGCACGUUUAUAAAGAGAUACGACCGGAGUGUUGCUACCAGAAUGUUGAGUCUUCAGGAGUUGUUUCUUGCACCGUCUGCACGGGUGGAGGAGUAUGUGACUUUGUUUCAAGCUUUAACACUUCGCACACCACCUGAACACCCCGACUACACACAGUUAUCAUCUGCCUUCAACACAAUGUUGACUUACCGGCGUUUCAUCCAAAAGUUGAAAUCGAGCUUGAACCAAGAUCUGAAAAUCCUUGAGGCACAGAAUUCAAUUCAAAGUUGCCCGAAUUUGUUGGAGGGGAGCAGAUAUUUGAUCACAACACAGGAAGUGGCUUUACUGACCUGCUUAAAUGGAGACAUCACUACCUCUCUCAGGAUGUAUGAGCAUGUGAGUGACCUGGGAUUGUUCCUGUUUAAUGACGCUUUAGUGCUGACGGAGAAAAGUGUGUCACAUGUACCAUUCAGUCUGGCAGUUAACACGACCCACACCUUCCUGGCCUCGGUUGCACUGCAUUGUCUAAAUCUCACGGAAAUCAUUGACACAAAGUAUGUUCGGAACGCUUUUCAGCUAGAGAGUCCAAAGCGCCAAUGGAUCUGUGCUACAGAGAGAGAAGAGGACAAGAUCAAGCUACUGUCUGCUUUAAACAGUGCUAUAAAUGCUGCUAUUACACGGAACUAAAGAUACACAUGAUACAUUAUUUACCUUAAAGGGACUGUAAGUAGGAUUUUAAGUGUUUUAUUAAUCAAAAUCAAUGUCUUUAUACAUAAAUAUGUCCUCAUUGGUGUCAAAUGACCUCUGCCAAUGAAAUGACUUUUCUUUGUAAGCUUAGAAUUUCUUCUCUUUACUUACAUUGAACGGGUAAGUCCAAGGAGGCUUCCUUGUCAUUCCGUCGUAUAUAUAAACUAGGAAAGCAGAGAGGGACAAAAAGCACUAGCCUACCAACGCGUUUCCUCAACGCGUUUUCGUUCAGAACACGUAAACCAGCUGAAAUGGAUCAGUGAGUUAUUGGCUAUCGUAGUUACAACGUGCCUUUGGAAAAGCAAUGCGCUAGAGAGCACUAUUCGUUUGAAUGCAAAAUAUAGUUUCACCACUAGAUGGGGGUAAAUCCUACUUAUUGUCCCUUUAAAGGGAUAGUUCAGCAAAAAAAAUUAAUUACCCCAUGAGUUAUUUUUAUUUGUAAAGUUUUAAAUUGAUAUUUCUUUUACAAAACCACAUUGAUUGCCCUUAGAAGACCUUUAUUAACCCCAUUGAGCCAUGUGGAUUACUUUUUUGAAGGAUGGAUGCAUUUUUUUGGGCUUCAAAGUCAAAAGAUGUUCCCUGGCCCUGUUUACUACCAGUUUAAAGCUUGGAGGAGCCAGGACAUUCACUAAAAUAACCAGUGGCGACUGGUGACUUUUUUUUUCGAGGGCGCAUGAUGCAAAGUUCGUCCCAACAUGUAUGUAGCCCGUCAUGUGUGUGGUUCAUUUUUUCAAAAUAUGUGUUCUGCGUGUUGAGUGAUCCUAUGUGCAUCAUGUGUUUUGUCAAAAUAAGUGCCUGCUGCAGAGGCGUCUAAAGGGUUUAUGAUGCGUAAUCAGAGUUUACUUUUAAGAGUCUUGCGUGUAUUUUGUGAACGUGAACGUCUCUUUUAUCAUAAACGGUUUUGAAGCGUGUGCAGCAGGCACUUAUUUUGACAAAACACGUGAUGCACAUGGUUCACAUGACGCAACAAACACAUAUUUUGAAAUCACAAGCAACAUACAUGACACUCCAAACACAUAUUUUGAAUUUGCGCCCCUCGGAAGAGCAGUCACGAGCCACCACUGGAAAUAACUCAAAUUGUGUUUGUCUGAAAGAUGAUGGACACGUGUAUCUCUGAUGCCUUGAGGGUGAGUAAAUUAUUUUUUGCUGAACUGUCGCUUUAAGCAAAAUAACAAGCUACUUUUGGAUAGACACUUGAA